AGCCGCGCUAUAGUUCCGUAGCCUCGCGAGAACAGAGCGAGUCCUGCGACUCGACAAGUGUGUGGUGUGUGUGUGCGCGAGUGUUGUGGAAAAAAAAUUUGUUCAAAGGCGCGACCAGGAUGGCUUGGUGACGGCUCAUCCUCCUUAUCCGGCAGGAUUUACGAAUCCACGAACGGUAGAGAGUGAAACAGAACCAGCAAAAGCAGUACAAGAUUAGCCAGCAAAUAUGAGGCUCACAAUAUGUAUCGUGGCAACGCUUGUGCUGCACGUCGCAGCCUUAACACAAUCUCCGCCGAGGAUUUCAAAGCAACCACCUACAGACGAACUUUUGUUUCAAGUGGCUCAGGUCUUUAUUAAUGAAAAUGAGAAGCCGUUUCUCAUUGAGUGUGAGGCAGAAGGCGAGCCGGCACCUACAUACGACUGGAUAAAGAACGGCAAAGAGUUCAAAUGGCAGGCCUACGACGAUCGCAUAUCGCAGCAGCCGGGCCGAGGCACGCUGGUGAUCUCGAAGCCACGAGACGAGGAUCUUGGACAAUAUCAGUGCUUCGCGAAGAACGAGUGGGGCGUCGCAACCUCCAACUCGGUCUUCGUGCGCAAAGCCGAGCUGAACUCGUUCAAGGACCAGCCACCGGAAACGAUGAGAGUGAACGAGGGCGACCCCUACAAGCUCACCUGCCAGCCGCCCGACGGCUGGCCGAAACCCAAUGUCUACUGGCUGAUCCAGGACAUGAACGGCGGAAUCAAGUCCAUCAACAACUCGCGCAUGACCCUGGAUCCCGAGGGCAACUUGUGGUUCAGCAACGUCACCAAGUGGGACGCGUCCGACAAUUACUAUUACGCCUGUGCCGCCACGUCGCUGUUCAGAAACGAGUACAAAGUCGGCAACCGCGUGAUCCUCGAGGUGGCCACGACCGGCGCGAUCGCCAGUUCUAACAAGCGCGAGCCCGUCAAGCAAUACGUCAGCAGGAAGAACGAGGUCGCCUUGCGCGGCAAGAAGAUCGAGCUGUUUUGCAUCUACGGUGGCACUCCGCUGCCGCUCACCGUUUGGAGUAAAAACGGACAGCGGAUACGGCCUAGCGACCGGGUGACCGAGGGCAACUACGGCAAGUCUCUGGUCAUCAAACACGUCAAUUUCGAUGACAAGGGCGUCUACACGUGCGACGUGUCCAACGGCGUUGGAUCUGCCCAAUCGUACUCGAUCAAUCUAGAAGUUUUGUCCGUGCCGUAUUUCACGGUCGAGCCAGAGAUCGUCAACGCCGCCGAAGGCGAGACUGCCGAGUUUAGAUGCGAGGCCAGUGGUGUGCCGGAACCCGAAAUCAAGUGGAUCCACAACGGCAAACCGAUAUCCGAGAGUCCACCCAAUGAGAACAGAUACACGAAAGCUGGCAGAAUUAUACUCAAGAAUUUGAGGAAGCAAGAUACCGGCAAUUAUGGUUGCAACGCCACCAAUUCCCUCGGCUAUGUCUACAAAGACGUGUACGUGAACGUGCUGGCUCUGCCGCCGGAAAUUCUUCAACCGCCAAUGGACGAGUCGACUGUCGAUGGUAAAACGAUUAAGAUGACCUGCCGGGUAUUUGGUGCACCAAAGCCAGCCGUCAAGUGGAUAAGGAAUGGCCAGGAAUUGACCGGUGGACGUUACAGAACAUUGGAGACUGGUGAUCUGCAGAUUCAAGACGUAACGUUCUCCGAUGCUGGCGAGUACAGCUGUUACGCGACAAAUAACCUCGGUAAUGCAAAUGCAACCGGUCAUUUAGCGGUUAAAGAACACACGAAAAUCACCGAUGUGCCCGAAGAUUAUGAGGUGGCUGCUGGCGAUACCGCAACGUUCAGAUGUAACGCUGUAACGGACUCAACAUUGCCACUGCGAAUUGACUGGUUGAGUAAAGGCGAGCCAAUAGAUUUCGAAUCUGAACCGCGUUUCAUUCUGAGUACCGACAACUCGCUAAUGAUAACCAAGACCACUGAGUUGGAUUCCGGUACGUACACCUGUGUCGCCAGUACGGACCUGGAUGAAGCUAGAGCUCAAGCCACCCUGAUAGUACAAGACGUGCCGAAUCCACCGACACUCCUCGGCGUGACGUGUGGUUCCAACGAUGCUCACGUUACCUGGAUUCCUACAAGCGACAGUCGUUCGGCCAUCCUACGUUUCUCCAUCCAAUAUAACACAUCUUUUACGCCAGAUACCUGGGAAAUAGCCAAAGAUCACGUUCCUGCCACCGAUCAAAGUUACACUAUUGGAUUGACUCCGUGGGCUAACUACACAUUCCGUGUAAUUGCCUGGAAUAAGAUUGGACCGUCCCAACCGUCAUCACACAGUACCGUAUGUACAACCCUACCUGACGUGCCUUACAAGAAUCCUGACAACGUCGAGGGCAAGGGUGACGAUCCGCAAAAUCUCGUCAUUAAAUGGACUGUUAUGCCGCAAAUCGAGCACAACGCGCCUAAGUUUAUGUACCGAGUUUACUACAAGCGCGAUAUUCCCGGAGAAAAGUGGACUAUCGAGGAUAUACACAAUUGGAGAACGAAUUACCUUAAAGUUAACAACCAACCCACCUACCAACGAUACAAAAUCAAGGUUGGCGCGAUCAACGAAAGAGGAGAGUGUAGAGAACCGCCGCAAGAGAUUAUUGGCUACUCUGGGGAAGAUGUGCCAAAGCAAGCUCCAGGUAACUUUACUCUUGUCGAGGUGAGAUCUAGUACGACAGCUUUGUUAUCGUGGACAAAGGUUCCCGACGAAACAGUGAAAGGUGAAUUACGUGGCUAUAAAAUUGAAACUUGGACCGACAGAGAUGGCGAGGAAGCUUUGCGGGAAUAUAAUGUGGAAGGAGCCGUCAAGACUUACGCUUUGGUCAAUAAAUUUGUUCCUUACAGCAAAAAUUACGUCAGAAUUAAGGCUUACAAUGGACGAUUCAAUGGGCCACCUUCGGAAGUAAUUAGUUUCGAUACGCCGGAAGGAGUGCCAGGAACUGUAAUGGGUAUGGAAGCAUACCCAGUCGGCUCCACAGCAAUGAUGUUACAUUGGAACAAACCUGUCGAGAUCAAUGGUAUUUUGACAGGUUACAAAAUUACUUUUCAAAAGGUGAACGGAUCAAAAAUCGAACCAGAAAUGGAAAGACAUCCGCAAAUCCGUGAUCCAGAAGCUACUUCUGCCAAACUACCAGGUCUCAAUCCGCAAACAAAGUAUCGCAUCAUCAUUCGUGCUACCACGGGCGCUGGAGAAGGACAAGCUUAUUUUGUGGAGAAAAUGACGCCAGCAUCGAGACCUCCAGACAAGCCAACCUUCACCUAUUAUGCCAUUCCUAAAGAGAGUGGACUAACGAAUUUGAGAAUCGUCUGGCAAGUUAAAUCGGAUGGUUUUCCAGGAAGUCACUUUUUCGCCAAGUAUCGAUUGGUAGGUGAAACGAUCAACACGGAGACGGACCGCGAGAAAGAGACAAACGAAAUUGAAAUUCGCGCGCUCGACAGCGGGCGCACCUAUAUUGUUUCUCUCGUCGCGGAGGAUGGAGAAUACUACACUGAAAGUGAUCCGCAGACCGUUGACUUAGUUUACAACGAGGGACCCAUCAUACAAGCACAAGAGAACGUUGCUAGUACUGGCUGGUUCAUCGGAAUGAUGCUGGCGAUUGCGUUCUUGCUGUUUAUUCUUGUUAUUGUGUGCGUCAUCAAACGCAAUCGAGGCGGCAAGUAUGCCGUACACGAAAGAGAAUUAGCUGCUGGCCGCGCUGACUAUCCCGAGGAAGGUUUCCACGAGUAUUCGCAACCGUUGGACGGCAAAUCCGCAGGUGGCAGAACAUCGAUGGCCUCUUCGUCUCAUCAGGACGGCAAACACCCCGAGUCUGACACCGACUCGAUGGUCGAAUUUGUCGAGGGCGACACGGGUAUGAACGAGGAUGGCUCGUUCAUUGGCCAGUACGGACGACAUAGGAAGCAUCCUCCGAAAUCUCAAGCGUUUGCCACGCUUGUCUAAGGACGUUUCACGGAAGACGGAUCAUUCAUUGGUCAAUACGGGCCGAAGGGCAGACCGAUGGGAGAGAUUCCACCGCCUCUUCUAAUGGGCACUUCGGCUACUUACGUGUAAUCAACCGACCUCCAGAGAAACAAGAACAGCCCUCGCGAGUGCCCACAUCCAAAUGGCGCAGACUAUGCAGCUUUCGCUGGGCGCAACAUACAUACAUACACAUACACACACACGCACACACACACACAGACACACACGCGCACGUCUAAUCUUUAAUUACUGACUGAGAAAAACAAAAUUAUCUAUUAUUGAUGCACUGUAGUAAUUAAUCGUGAUCACAGGGCCUCUAAACGUUGCUUUUUGUACGUGAAAUGCGCUUUAGAUGGAAGAAAUCAAAAGAGGAGAACGAUCUUUUUGUUCUUAAGCGUUAAACUUCCUUCUUAAUAUUUUUUACUACGAUUAUUUUUACAGAAUGUUUUGUAACAAAAGCCUUCUCCCCGCCUCACUUUCAUUUACUUUUCAAACGACAAUGAUAGUUGAAACAUAGUGCUCAGCGAUUACUUGAUAUAUCAAAGAGCAAAUCCAGAAUAUAUAGACAAAAUAUAUUAUAGAAAUUUAUAUAUUCCAUUUCUUUUUUUCGAGAGGCGAGAUGAAUCCUUGCGGUCAUGAAAGUCAUUAUCGUACCGGGGCAGCUAUAUGUAAAUUGUAAUUUAUGAUAAUUCUACGUAGCAAUGUUGUUAUUUGCUAAGCAUUGCGUUCCGCGUGAAUAACGACCGCUCUCUUAUAUUUCUAUUUAACAGAACUACGCGCAUCUGCGUUCGAUAUCGCAAUCUGCGUAGGAAAAAAAACACGACAGUUUUCUAACGUUUUUAAUCAUUGUUUAUAGUACUUUGUCGAUUUUGACAAUUGAUAACUUGGAUUUUGAUUUUUAUUCGUUUGCCUUUUAGUUUCACUUGUUUGUUUCCGUCGUGCUCCUCAAUUUUGAAUCUGUUUUUAAUAAUAAAAGAAAGAAAUAUCUUGUUAUAUAUAUUAUAUAAAUAUAUAUGUAAGCUAACUUCCCUUCGUUGGAAACUUCCAGUAUUUUUCAUACAAGUGAUUAGAGAUGGAUUUUUAAUCAUUAUUUUUAAAUGAGACGCGUUUUUUAAUCUCUUGCUCUUAUUUUAAUUAUUUCGAACGUCCGUUUGGUUACUGUUUUCUUCUCGAUAACGAGUCUUACUUCUUUUCACGCGGAAUAUCCUUCUACAUUUCACAGUACAAAAACAAAUAGAGAUGAAAAGAAUAAUGUUAAAUAGCAAAGAUAUCAAUUAUCUCCCACAUUGAGAUAAUAGUAUGAAACAUAUGUAUAGAGAAAGUAUAUGAAGCUGAAAAAAGAAGGAACGAGAUCAAUAUAAAGCCAUCGACUUAGCAAAGACGCUUGAAAAAUCAGAAAACUAACAUGCCGAGCAAACCCUUUCCUAUUUACACUGUUAAAUCAAAGGUGACAAGCGAAUCGAUCGCCGAAUGUGUCGGAACAGCUAUUUUUCUCUCUAGGUUUAGUUUACGAAUCUCUAAAAUGGAACUUUUUGAUAUUAUUUACAAAUGAAAAAGAAAAUGUUUAGUUUGUAGGUUUGAUUGAUCAUGUGAUUUAUCAAGUAGCGAAAUCUUGCAAACAUAACAAAUUAAUUUUAGUGUGCUCUAGAUUAAGUGUAAGGUACAAAAUUAUUUAUUAUUCGAAAGUUGACGUAAGAAUCAUGAAAUUGAUUUUUUACAAGCUUCGGCGAUCGACUCUCAGCGCAUCCUCGACGAAUCUACGAUGUGUAUUGCAAUUAUACAUAAUCAUUUGCCGACGUAAUUGUAAGAUCGUAAUCAUCGCGCGCAUUUUCUCAAAUGUACAUUGUACUCCCUUGUUAGUAUUAAGAAACGAAUACAUUGUUUCACGCUCGAGGCUCGAUUACUUCGACUUUUUGUUUACAUUAUUGGAGAAGGAGCGAUGUAGUCGAGUGCACUCGUGCGUAAGACGAUAAUUUUUUUACGAUGUAAUAACAGAAACUACAGAAACAUAAAACUAUUUCAAAAGGCGGACUCGAUUUUUUUUUGUUAUCGUGGCCGCUGUCGCUGUCCGUUGGAAGUCAUUCACCGACAACUCACCCACGUACAUGUAUGACUGUAUUGUAAUUAUCUUCGAGUUUAACAUGCAAAUGCACAUGAAGAAAACGAGCCAAGCGAUGAAUAAUCUAUCAAGUUUUUUUAUUGCGACGUUUGUACCUACCACCCAAAUGCGUUCUAACGAUUUUAUUGUUAGUUUUAACUGCGAACGCGUAUUAAGUUUUUUGUAAUACCUCUCUCUUUAGUUCCCCGAUUUUUGUAAGAUUUACUCGUCGUUUUAAGUUGUGCGAAUAUUGUAAUGGCCAUCCCUUUUCACUGCCCCGCUAAAAAGAAAAAAAUCGGAUGGAAGUUUUUUUGUAUAUUAGAAGGUUCAAAGACCGGUAGAUACAGCCAGUCGAUUGAGAGCGUGUUCAUUGAAAAAAUUUUAACUGGCAUAAAGCUACCCUCUGUUCAUAAUUAGCUUGAGAUGUAUAAAUAUAAGUAUUUGAGCCUGGAUCUACUGUGGCCUUUGAACAUCUAUCAGAUUUCUUUUCUUUCAUUGGAGAUUGAGAUAAUGAUAAAAGAAAAUCUUUUGUUCUUAAAUCACAUUGUCGUAUUGUUGUGUAACAUCUGCAUUCACUCUCACGUCAAUAAAGAG